UAUCUCUUGAAUUCUUAUACUAAUGUUUACUUAUUAAACCGACCUCACUACUAUAGUAUUAAAGAAUGCCUCCGGAGUAAAGGUAGGAAAGGUUUCAAGAAAAAGAAUAAGAUAAUUCGGUAUGGUCUAAUUUAUAAUUCGCCAGGUUAUAUCUAUCCCUUUUAUCUUAGUAAAGAAUACCUAUGGCCGGAUAACCUUUAG